CGCAAUUUAACAGCGGCUGCGAACCGUACUGCGACAUGCCCUUCUCGCAAACCAGCACUGUUCCGUCCGCACCAUAAUUUCCGACGCUCAAUCAAUUAGAAACCGCGAAAUUCAAAUCCAUCAAGUUUAAGCUAUCAAUUUAUUAAUAAUUUGUCAAUAAAUUAUUUGAUUAAGAAUCAUCGAGAAUAUUAGAGAAAAAAAUGCCUCCGAAGCAGCAAUCGAAAGUGGAUUUGGCGAAGAAGCAGAAGAUAGUCGAAGACAAGACUUUCGGAUUGAAGAACAAGAACAAGUCCAAGAAUGUUCAGAAAUACGUUCAAUCCCUCAAACAAUCCGUCCAGCCCAGGCCUGAACUCAGCAAAAUCGACGCCAAGAAAAAGAAAGAGGAGGAGAAGGCAAAAGAGAAGGAGCUCAAUGAAUUGUUUAAAGUUGCAGUGAGUCAGCCCAAAGUUCCUCCAGGUGUUGAUCCGAAGUCAAUAUUGUGCGAGUUCUACAAAGCUGGUCAAUGUGCCAAAGGUUUUAAGUGCAAGUUCUCUCACGAUUUGAAUGUUCAAAGGAAAGGAGAGAAGAUCGACGUUUAUAGUGAUAAGCGCGAUGAAGAGAAUGAAAAGGAAACAAUGGAGGACUGGGAUCAAGAAAUGUUGGAGAAGGUUGUUCAGUCCAAGAGUCAGGAGUACAACAAGAAUAAGCCUACCGAUAUAGUAAGUCUUCAUUAAUGAUUUCAAUAUGUUUUUCAGUCAUCUCAGGAUUGUGAUAUAAUUCUGUAACUUUAUUUUUUUUUCCCUAGCCAAUCAUUUGCUGUCUUUAACUACCAUUGAUAUCUCUGUCUUCCUUUUUCUUUAUGAUUUUAACCAAUCUGAAUGAAUUUUAAAGAUACUACUUCCUCCGUCCCAUUCAGAUAGGCUGAUUUUGUUUUUCACAAUGAUUAAG